CGGCGGGGGGGGAGGCGCGCGCGAGCCCGGGAGUGUGAGCGUGUUUACUUCCGGUCGCCGCAGCCACAGCCGCCGGAGGGAGACUGAGGCAGGCCGAGGCGGAGCAGAACGAGGCGGCGGAGAGCGAGGUCCGGCCGCCAUGGACUGGCUCAUGGGAAGCCGAGAAGGGAGGGAGCGAGAUCUGGUGCCGAGAAGGAGCCCCUGCGCUGCGCUCUGCCUCUGCGCCCUCGCCCCUUCUGGGCUUUGUCUGGACCAUGGUUGGAGAUCAUUGUAACCUCUCCGGAGAUAGAACGGUGCUCAGCCCGACCCCCAAAACUGGCCUGAGCUGCAAGGUGGUCCUGCAGGCCGUGGGCAAAGUACUCAGGAAGUCCAAGGCAAAGCCGAAUGGGAAGAAGCCCACCCCCGAAGAGAAGAAGCUGUACCUGGAGCCCGAGUACACCAAAUCUAGAAUUACAGACUUUGAAUUCAAGGAGCUGGUGAUGUUGCCCCGAGAGAUCGACCUCAACGAGUGGCUGGCCAGCAACACCACCACUUUCUUCCACCACAUCAACCUCCAGUAUAGCACAAUCUCUGAGUUCUGCACAGGAGAUACCUGCCAGACUAUGGCCGUGGGCAACACGCAAUACUACUGGUAUGACGAGCGGGGAAAGAAGACCAAAUGUACAGCCCCCCAGUAUGUCGACUUCGUCAUGAGCUCGGUGCAGAAGCUAGUGACGGACGAGGACGUCUUCCCCACAAAAUACGGCAAGGAGUUCCCGAACUCCUUCGAGUCGCUGGUCAGGAAGAUCUGCAGAUACCUGUUCCACGUGCUGGCACACAUCUACGCGGCGCACUUCAAGGAGACUCUGGCCCUGGAGCUGCAUGGACAUUUGAACACCCUCUACACACACUUCAUUCUGUUCAUCAGGGAGUUCAACCUGGUUGACUCCAAGGAGGUCACUGUCAUGGACGACCUCACGGAGGUCCUGUGUAGCGGGGGCGGCGGCGUUGGCGGGGGCAGCGGCAGUGGCAGCAGCGGCAGCGGAGGGGCACAGAACCACGUGAAGGAGAGAUGAGCCUUCCGUGGGGACCAGGACGCACGAACCUUUGCAAGGAGAAACCAACCAUAGUCUAUAUUCUGUUUCUGCCUGUGCGUGGGCGCGUGGGCGUGCGCGCGUGUUUGUGUGUGCGCGGGGUUCCCAGGCAUGGAUGCACACACACACCCACGUGAACACCCACGCGCGCCUGCACGCUCACGGACUCCACAGUGGACGUUCUGGAGAUGGGGUAGCAGAUGUCCCCAGGACGCUGCGCUGAUGACAUCUGGGGGCUUGUCCUGGUUCCCUGCUCGUGGCUGGAUGGGGGAGCACAGGGACCCCCUCUGAGCGGGACUGACGUUCGGGCCAGUCCGUGUUUCGUUUCAUUCUGGGCUUUUUCCUGUCUUUGGUUGCCAGUGCAGAGAACUCGCUCCCGGCAUUCUAUUCCCAAAAGUGACUUUUCCUUGUGAGGCAGACGGGUGGGCGUCUGGCUUCUUUCCUGUUGGUUUCAUCUUUACCUGGAUUCCCCUCAAGCCACCCCGGCACAUGGAGGGCUUCCAGUGAAGCCUGGGCUGCUCUGCCCCACCUGCCCCCAGAUUCUCAACUGACCGUGUGGGCGUGGCCAGGGGAAAAGAAGGGUGCGUGGGGGGGGGGGGGCGUCACAGGAGAACGGGCCAGGGCCGUGACACCACCAUGUCGGCUUCCUUAGUUCAUCUGUUCGAUAAUAAUAAUAAAAGAAAUCCUCCCUCAGG